UUGAAUGAAACGGCCUUGCAGCCCCCCAAAUGUGAACAUGAAUGAACGGGCCGCGGACAUGGAAGCACAGAAAUAGUGUCGAAUUUUUUCUAAAUUUCUGCUGUUACCGCCGUUGUUGUCGUCGUCGUCCCGUCCGUCCCCUCGCCGACUCUGACGUUGUUUAUGCCAGUGUAUGUGUGCGCGCGCGUUGCGUCUGUGUGUGUUCGUGUUGGUACGUUUUUUUGUUGUUAUUUUCUUCUUCGUCUUCAACGGUUUACCACAGAAAUGUUUUGAACGCGAAAAUGUACAAAAAAUGUUGUUCAACUAAUAUUGGUGUGUGUGUUUGUUGAAUCCCAAGAUGUCGCGAGAGGGUUAAGACAACCUGGUUUUUUGGCCCGUUAAUACAUGAAUCAUUUGUUGUUGUUGUUGCGCAUUGGAAAAUACAGCCCCCGAAAAAGCCAUCGAAUUUCAAACCAAACCAAAAAAUCAACUAAAAACGAAAGAAAUUCCUUAAAUGAUGCAUUUAAUAAAAGUAAAAACUAAACUCGUGCUGAAAAUGCCAAAAAUUGAAAGAAACUAAGAAACGAAACAAUUCAGAGUGUAAACAAAAGCAACAGAAACAACAAACAGCUACCAGCUACCGAGAGAGCGAGAGAGAGAGAGAGAGAGAGAGAGAGAGAGAGAGAGAGAGCCACACACAGAAGAGAAGCGACAGACAGCAGCAACAACAAAAAGCCAAAACGACGGCCACAAAAUGUUGUACCAGCUAAGCAAAGCAACAACUAGAAUUCGACUCAAAAGGCAAAAAACAACACAAAAACAACAACAGCAGCAACAGCAGAAACACCAACGUGCAACAGCAGCAACAACAACAACAACAACAACAACAACCAGAAAAGCCGUUGAACAACAUUUAUGGCUAUGGAGUUUAGCAUUUCUGGCAGCAUUUAUCAUUCAGGAUGUCCGAUGCGCAGAUCUAGCCAUUAGUAUACCCAACAAUCCCGGCCUCGACGAUGGUGCCUCGUAUCGUCUGGACUAUAGUCCGCCCUUUGGCUAUCCGGAGCCAAACACAACCAUCGCCUCCAGGGACAUUGGCGAUGAGAUACAAUUCUCGCGUGCCCUUCCCGGCACCAAAUACAAUUUCUGGCUUUAUUACACGAAUUUCACGCAUCACGAUUGGCUCACAUGGACGGUGACCAUAACAACGGCACCCGAUCCACCAUCGAAUCUGUCAGUGCAGGUGAGGAGCGGCAAGAAUGCCAUCAUCCUGUGGUCCCCGCCCACACAGGGCAGCUAUACGGCAUUCAAGAUCAAGGUGCUGGGCCUGUCGGAGGCCUCGAGCAGCUUCAACCGCACCUUCCAGGUGAACGACAACACAUUCCAGCACAGCGUGAAGGAACUGACGCCCGGCGCCACCUACCAGGUGCAGGCCUACACGAUCUACGAUGGCAAGGAGUCGGUGGCCUAUACGAGCCGUAAUUUUACCACAAGUCGAAGGACGCGGCACAAAGAGUUGCUGGACAUAAAGAUCCUAAGAGAGCCCAACACGCCGGGGAAAUUCAUUGUCUGGUUCCGAAAUGAGACGACGCUGCUGGUGCUGUGGCAACCGCCAUAUCCCGCCGGCAUUUAUACGCACUACAAGGUCUCCAUCGAGCCGCCGGAUGCCAACGACAGUGUCCUCUAUGUGGAGAAGGAGGGCGAGCCCCCGGGACCGGCGCAGGCGGCCUUCAAGGGUCUGGUGCCGGGCAGAGCCUACAAUAUCUCAGUGCAGACAAUGUCCGAGGACGAGAUAUCGCUGCCGACGACAGCCCAGUAUCGAACAGUGCCGUUGCGUCCGCUGAACGUUACCUUUGACCGGGACUUUAUCACCUCCAAUUCGUUCCGGGUGCUCUGGGAGGCCCCCAAGGGGAUAUCGGAGUUCGACAAGUACCAGGUGUCGGUGGCCACCACCCGCCGCCAGUCGACGGUGACACGCAGCAACGAGCCGAUCGCGUACUUUGACUUCAGGGACAUUGCCGAGCCCGGCAAGACGUUCAACGUGAUCGUGAAGACGGUGUCGGGAAAGGUUACCUCAUGGCCAGCCACGGGGGAUGUGACGCUGCGUCCGUUGCCGGUUAGGAAUCUGCGAAGCAUCAACGAUGACAAGACCAACACGAUGGUCAUCACAUGGGAGGCGGAUCCGGCCAGUACACAGGAUGAAUAUCGCAUUGUAUACCACGAACUGGAGACCUUCAAUGGCGACACCAGCACCCUGACCACGGAUCGGACACGCUUCACCUUGGAGAGCCUCCUGCCCGGCCGGAACUACUCUCUCUCCGUUCAGGCCGUGUCCAAGAAGAUGGAAUCGAAUGAAACCAGCAUCUUUGUGGUCACACGACCCUCUUCGCCCAUCAUUGAGGAUCUGAAGAGCAUUCGCAUGGGUCUGAACAUCAGCUGGAAAAGCGACGUCAACUCAAAGCAGGAGCAGUACGAGGUCCUGUACUCGAGGAACGGGACGAGCGAGGUGCGAACUCUCAUCACCAAGGAGUCGCGGCUGGUGAUCAAGAAUCUGCAGCCGGGCGCGGGCUACGAACUGAAGGUCUUUGCCGUCAGUCAUGAGCUGAGGAGCGAGCCGCAUGCCUACUUCCAGGCCGUCUAUCCCAAUCCACCGCGCAACAUGACCAUCGAAACGGUGCGCAGCAAUUCCGUUUUGGUCCAUUGGUCGCCCCCAGAGAGCGGAGAGUUUACGGAGUACUCGAUACGCUAUCGGACGGACAGCGAACAGCAGUGGGUGCGCCUGCCCAGUGUCCGUUCUACGGAGGCGGACAUCACCGACAUGACCAAGGGCGAGAAGUACACCAUUCAGGUGAACACCGUCAGCUUUGGCGUCGAGAGUCCUGUGCCCCAGGAGGUCAACACGACAGUGCCCCCGAAUCCCGUCUCGAAUAUCAUCCAACUGGUGGACUCGCGCAACAUUACGCUGGAGUGGCCCAAGCCGGAGGGACGAGUGGAGUCGUACAUUCUGAAAUGGUGGCCCAGCGACAAUCCUGGUCGUGUCCAGACCAAAAAUGUCUCCGAGAAUAAGUCGGCUGAUGAUCUGUCCACAGUGCGUGUGCUCAUUGGCGAACUGAUGCCGGGCGUGCAGUACAAGUUUGAUAUACAGACAACAUCGUAUGGCAUCCUUUCGGGUAUCACCAGCCUCUAUCCGCGCACAAUGCCGCUCAUCCAAUCGGAUGUGGUGGUGGCCAAUGGCGAGAAGGAGGACGAACGGGAGACGAUCACCCUGAGCUAUACGCCCACACCGCAGUCCUCAUCGAAGUUCGACAUCUAUCGCUUCUCGCUGGGCGAUGCCGAGAUCAAGGACAAGGAGAAGCUGGCCAACGAUACGGACCGAAAGGUUACCUUCACAGGCUUGGUGCCGGGACGCCUGUACAACAUCACCGUGUGGACGGUGAGCGGCGGUGUGGCCAGUCUGCCCAUUCAGCGGCAGGAUCGCCUCUAUCCAGAGCCCAUUACCCAGCUGCAUGCCACCAAUAUCACGGACACAGAGAUCUCGCUGCGCUGGGACCUGCCCAAGGGCGAGUACAAUGAUUUCGAUAUUGCCUACCUCACGGCCGACAACCUGCUGGCCCAGAACAUGACCAUACGGAAUGAUAUCACGAUCAGCGAUCUGCGUCCGCAUCGGAACUACACCUUCACGGUGGUGGUGCGCUCCGGCACAGAGUCGUCGGUGCUGCGCAGCAGUUCCCCUCUCUCGGCGAGCUUCACCACCAACGAGGCCGUGCCCGGCCGGGUGGAGCGUUUCCAUCCGACAGAUGUCCAGCCCAGCGAGAUCAAUUUCGAGUGGUCGCUGCCGUCCAGCGAGGCCAACGGAGUGAUCCGACAGUUUUCGAUUGCGUACACGAACGUCAACAAUCUGACGGAUGCCGGCAUGCAGGACUUUGACUCCGAGGAGUCCAUCGGUGUGAUCAAGAACCUCAAGCCCGGCGAGACGUACGUCUUUAAGAUACAGGCCAAGACGGCCAUUGGCUUUGGGCCGGAGCGAGAGUACAGGCAAACGAUGCCCAUAUUGGCGCCACCACGACCCGCCACCCAGGUGGUUCCCACGGAAGUGUAUCGCAGCUCGUCCACGAUACAGAUCCGUUUCCGCAAGAACUACUUCUCCGAUCAGAACGGACAGGUGCGCAUGUACACGAUCAUUGUGGCCGAGGAUGACGCCAAGAAUGCCUCUGGGCUGGAGAUGCCCAGCUGGCAUGACGUCCAGUCGUACAGCGUGUGGCUGCCCUAUCAGGCCAUCGAUCCGUACUAUCCGUUUGAGAAUCGAUCGGUGGAGGACUUCACCAUUGGCACCGAGAACUGUGACAAUCACAAGAUCGGCUACUGCAACGGACCCCUGAAGUCUGGCACCACAUAUCGCGUGAAAGUGCGCGCCUUCACGGGACCCGACAAGUUCACGGACACCGCCUAUAGUUUCCCCAUUCAGACAGAACUGCUAAGCUCUCCGGAUCAGGACAACACCUCAUUGAUUGUGGCCAUCACUGUGCCACUGACCAUUAUUCUGGUGCUGCUUGUGACGUUGAUGUUCUAUAAGCGACGGCGUAACAAUUGCCGCAAGACCACCAAGGACUCGCGGGCCAACGACAACAUGUCCCUGCCGGAUAGCGUUAUCGAACAGAACCGUCCCAUUCUGAUCAAGAACUUUGCGGAGCACUAUCGUCUGAUGUCCGCCGACUCGGACUUCCGUUUCAGCGAGGAGUUCGAGGAACUGAAGCACGUGGGUCGCGACCAGCCAUGCACUUUUGCGGAUUUGCCCUGCAAUCGUCCAAAGAACCGAUUCACCAACAUCCUGCCCUACGAUCAUUCACGCUUCAAGCUCCAGCCCGUGGACGACGACGAGGGCUCCGACUACAUCAACGCCAACUAUGUGCCCGGCCACAACUCGCCGCGCGAGUUUAUUGUCACCCAGGGACCGCUGCACUCGACGCGGGACGACUUCUGGCGCAUGUGCUGGGAGAGCAACUCGCGGGCGAUCGUGAUGCUGACCCGCUGCUUCGAGAAGGGCAGGGAGAAGUGCGAUCAGUACUGGCCCAACGACACAGUGCCGGUCUUUUACGGUGACAUCAAGGUCCAGAUCCUGAACGACAGUCACUAUGCCGACUGGGUGAUGACCGAGUUUAUGCUCUGCAGAGGCAGCGAGCAGCGCAUUUUGAGGCACUUCCACUUUACCACUUGGCCCGACUUCGGGGUGCCAAAUCCCCCCCAAACGCUGGUGCGUUUCGUGCGCGCCUUCCGCGAUCGAAUCGGGGCCGAGCAGCGACCGAUUGUGGUCCACUGCAGUGCUGGCGUUGGUAGAUCGGGCACCUUCAUCACACUGGAUCGCAUUCUCCAGCAGAUCAAUACCUCCGACUACGUGGACAUCUUUGGCAUCGUCUAUGCCAUGCGAAAGGAACGCGUUUGGAUGGUCCAAACGGAGCAGCAGUACAUCUGCAUCCACCAGUGCCUGCUGGCGGUGCUCGAGGGCAAGGAGAACAUUGUGGGUCCUGCGCGGGAGAUGCACGACAACGAGGGCUACGAAGAUGACGAGGGCAUUGCCGAGUCGGGGAUGUAGGAGGCCCCCAAUAACUCAACCGAAACAGAACCGAACCCAACUCAACCCAAACCAACCCAACCAUCAUGUGGCAAAACUAUCGUACAUUAUUAUUUACUUAAGAGAUGAGGAGUGGAAUGGAAUCGAUGAUCAACGCUUGAUAUUAAUACUUGGAUAUACAAUAUACAAUAUAUAUAUAUAUAUAUGUACUACACUACUUUACACCGAUCUACAACAGAUCUAUCGAAUGGGAAUGCAGCAAUCUCGCCAAACACGCAUCAAUUUAUACAUUUUAUAUACUAUAUAUAUAUACUAUAUAUAUGUGUAUGUACUAAAAAUCUAUAUCUAAUAUAUAUGUAAUUGUAAUUGCUGCUUCAACAACAAAAACAACAACAACAACAACAAGAUGAAGAAAGAAUGGAAGGAUACAGAUGAUUGUAUUUUUACGCUAGCCACAAUUUGAUAUUUGUAUAUGUAUCUUCCAAUUUUUUUUGUACACCUAAUGUUAGUGGAUAUAAGUAAUGUAUGUAUUGUGACGAGCAAAGCGCUAAAUGUUUUACGUUUUUUUUUUUAAACAUAUACACACAAGCAUAAAAAAUACGAUAUAAAGACCUAUAUAGAUACUGGAUAAACAAUAUGCCUAAUACUAGAUCGUAAACGAAACUAAAAACUAAACUAUAGACCGCACAAAAACAACAAACAAAACAGCAACAAAAAAAACAACCAUAAAAACAAAUACACAGAUACACAAUGCAAUAAUUAAUUGAGUUACAUAGUUUUUAAACGAAAAUGUUUGCAACAUUAAUUGUAUAGUUUUUUUUAUUUUUUAUUUUUUAUUUUAUUCCUCCCCACAUAUAAAAUAUGUAUGCAUGUUUUUUUUAAUAUUAUUAUUUGUACAAUUUUAUAAACCUUAUGUGUAUGUACUAUGUGCUACUUAUAGUCUUUUGUGUUUAAAAUUACAUUUUAUUGAAAAACAAACAACAAAAUAUUCUUUAUACUUUAUAUUUUGAAUUUGGCGCUCACUUAACCAUAGAAUGGACCCAUCAGAUCAAUCAAAACACGUUACAAAAAAGUAAAAGCAAACGUAAUUUAAAACACCGAUGCAGAAGAAAAACAAAGACAACCAGGAAACCGAUAUGGUUACGAUAUGGAUGCAGCACAAAAAAUAACGAAUAACGAAUGACCAACGCAUUUUUAAAGGCGAUAAUCAUUUACCAACAGAAGAAUCCCACGAAAAACUGUAGACUAUAGAGAGAGAGAGAGAGAGAGAGAGCGAGGGGGAAAAUAUUAGUACCCACCCAUAUAGAGAGAGGGCUGUUGUCAGACAGCCGGUGCCAAAGCCUAAACGAACAGAACCCAUACAGAACAGAAACACCCCCGACUGUUAUACCAAUAGAAAAAGAAAAAAACAAAACAAAAAUAAAUACAUAAACUAAUAGAAA